GCGGACACGACGCCGCCGCGACCGGUGACGAAGGACGACGUCGUCGUCUCCUUCGCGCGAUCGGGCGGCGCGGGGGGGCAAAACGUGAAUAAAGUGAAUACUAAAGUCGAUAUGCGGUUGGACGUCGCCGGGGCGGUCGCCGCGGGGUGGUUGCCGCAGUGGUGCGCGGAUCGACUCGUCGUGGCGGAGAAGAAUCGCGUCAACUCAAACGGCGAGCUCGUGGUAAACAGCACGCGUCACCGCACGCAGAGUCAAAACGUAGACGACGCGCUAGAAAAGCUUCAGAGUUACAUAAAUCGCGCCGCCAAGCUCCCGGGGAGUCAAUCGGACAAGCGGAAGAAGAAGAAACUUCAAGCCAACGUGGAGAAGGGCAACCGACGGCGCUUACAAGACAAGAAACAGACCUCGCAAAAGAAAACGGAGCGACGGUCG